UUGGGAUCUAAUUGCUCUGAAGUGAGGUCAGCAACAGGCAUUUAUCUAAGCAGGGUGCACAAAAGGAAGAUGCAGAGAGUCAGCUUGCCAGAAACAGGGAAGUCUAGAUGAGGACUGACAGCAGAUCCUACCUCCUGCUUGGCCUUAUUUCAUCAAUGAACUGGGGUUACCUUUUAAACUAGAGUCUCAGACCCAAAGAGCCUGGAGAAAGUGCCUUUGUCCAACAGCACUUAGAACACAGCGACGACCAGCACAACGGUCCCUUAUCUGGAUAAUUACAUAGCUUGUUGGACUAUCAUCUCAAGUGGAUCAAGCAGUUGAUGAGCUCUGGAUGUGUGCAACAAUACAACAACAUCCACUUUCUGCAAGCUAUUUUCUUCAUGACACUACUGACCUUUAAACCCAGCCGUUAAAAUUCUCCCCCCCGACUGUGCUGUUAAACAUCCUGCCAGGAGUCCGUGGAACUAGGGCCUAAAGAUUACAAAGCAGGGGUCAGGAGGUUGCUGGAUUGAGGAACAGCGCUCAGCUCUUGAGCUUGCUUUCAGCAUGUUUUUCAUUGAUCCCCAAAGCAUUGCAUUAUAAUGCGCAAAUGGAUGCUGACCUGGAACCUUCAAAAUCUGUUAUCAGGACUCUACCUGCAUGCAAUCUUUCUGUUUGGCAGUGUGUGUGUGGUCUACAGUGACUGCACCCCCGAGCAACGUGCCGCCAUCAUGAACUGCUCUAAACAUGAGCGCCACACAAGGAACUAUGAUUACAUGGAGGGAGGAGAUGUGCGUAUUCGACAGCUGUUCAGCCGCACACAGUGGUUCCUCACGAUUGAUGAUUCUGGCAACAUUACAGGAACUCAGGAUCCUACCAACUGCUACAGUAUCCUGGAGAUCAGAACGGUUUCUGAGGGCCCCAAACUGGCCAUCAAAGCUAUAAAGAGCCAGUAUUAUAUAUGUAUGAACAAGAAAGGAAAGCUGCAAGCCAAGAGGGCCUACAGUAAGAACUGCGACUUUACAGAGAGUUUCCUAGAGAACCACUACAAUGCCUAUUCCUCUGCAGAGUGGACUGCUAAAGAAAUGUUCAUAGCUUUGUCUCAGAGGGGAAGGCCAAUGAAAGGGAACAGGACCAAGAAGUCACACAAGGCGUCUCACUUCAUCCCAAUGAAAUGCUUGGACGAGGAGAGGAGAGUGGAGUGAACAAACUUUGUCUCCAACAGUUUGAAUGAACUCAUUAAUAUGUAUAUCAUAUCAGACACCUGUAGUCUUCAUUCUCUCAUUACCGGCAUCACUCUCCAUUGUUCUAAUAUACAGUAAUAUUAAUAACUGAUGAUGUAUCAUAAACUACUACAAUCUUCAUCAUGCAAGAUACUGAGACUAGAAGCA